CUCGGCCACAUGUACCUUUGUUUUUCGAGAAAUGCGAUUAAUCAUUAGAAGUGAAGUCGUUAGCUUCAGCCACAUUAGCUGCUAGCUUCACUAACAUCUUAUACUUAGGACAAAAGUUACCACUUCAAUCUUCAAAAAUCUUUUGAAAUCACUAGUAGUAUCGAAAAAGUAGUCAUAUUGACUUCAUUUUAGGCUACUAAUUUUUGAAAUUCACCAACGCUUACGUACAAAGCAAAUUUUGACAGAUCGCCACAGGUUUGGUGUAAAGAUAAUAGCCGUCAAAGCAGAAGUCCGAACGUGGUCGCUACAUUUCAAGGUCUUGAGUCAUGUUGUAUUGAAGGCAAUUCAAAUGUCUCCUGUGAUCUUGCGGCUUAGACACCUUCGAGCUGUCUACGGACGGAAUUUCAAUUUUUCGGAUGACGAGUCCGGCAGAACUCCUAUUGGAGUGACUUUUGCCUUAAGUCCUGUUAAUCAAGAUAAUAUUGGAUACUAUUACGUGAGCGAUGUAGCCUCUGACCUAAAAAAUCCGGAAUGGGAUCCCGUUGAAAUAUAUAGUCUUCCUAAACAGUACUUAUCAUCGAAAGCCGUUCUGUUUACGUUUUUCAUAUCAUACAAAGAAUUCAACUCGGUUCUGUUUGAGAUUGUAGUGCAUUUCUCCGGCCUCGUCCUUACAAACUCCGAAAUGCGUGAAAAUAUGUGUGUUUCCGACUCGAGAGAUCAAGUUUACUUCCAGUUUGGUCGGCGUGUUUAUACUGCUCGCGAACAAUUCAACCCAGGCAUAACCUGUCCUCAACUGUGGCCUCAAGGCACCUCGCGACCUGCUCCGAAGUUAUCUUACAACUUUUCCACGCUGCAAAAGUUUUUAGUCAACAAAGAGGCCUCUAAGGUCCAAUUAAAACGUAUCUACUAUAUGCAAAAUCUCGCUAGUGGUUUGCAGUCUUCAUUAUAUGACUUAUUUAUUCAGGGUGAAGCUACCGAAAAAAUAGCUGUAGCAAUCGAGUCUGUCAAGCAACGCACGGAAACACUCAAACACUCAAUAUCACAAGCACGCAAAAAAAUACGUGUACUGGAAAGCAGAAAAUUUUCUCUAGAGCAAGAAUUCUUAAACAUAAACGAGGAUAAAGCAACAAUCAGUAACCGAUUGAAAGUAUUAAAACAAUCUUUAAAAGAAGGCUACAAUGAUCUUCAUAAAACACGUUAUGCAUUAUUUACUCGUACUCUUCAUUUGCUAAAUGAAGUUUAUGGUCUUUUUAUCAAUGAUUUAAUAAAUCCAAUAUAUAACAUUAAUGAGGAAAUUAACUCAAACGGUAUCACAAAUUCAUCAACAAUGAAAAAUAAUGAAUCCAAUAAUGACAAAUGUUGUGAUGAUUACAUUUAUAUGAAUGAGAAUUUUCCAGUCCCAUUAGAUGCAAUAGAAUUGUCCGAUAAUAAUAAUGAUAAUAAUCAUUAUACAAUUAAUUACACAAACUAUGGAAUUGACACAUUUCCAUCGCCUAUAUGCUUUGCUUACAUUGCACACUUGUUUACUUUGAUUAGUGCAAUUCUUGACCAGCCAAUAAUUUAUCCUAAAGAUUUUCUUGAAAUUUAUCCUAAAUUAAAAUUAGUGGAUAUUUAUACUCGUGAUAUUUCUCAGUCAGAUCGUUGCCUGGCAAUGUGUAUACUAAAGCGUAAUAUCUUCUCUUUGGGUUCAAGAUUUAAUUUGUAUUUAACACCAGAAGCUCAUGCGUUGUAUAACUUGAAGUACCUAUUUGACCACUUCCAGAAUAGUGAGUCAAAUUUAUUGAAAAAGAUAAAUCAACAUGAAAUUGUCGGUUUUGUAUAAUUAAUUUUCUUCUAAAAAAUAGAAU